AUGUUUGCACCAAGAGUUGAAAAUGAUGAAACAAUUGAUAGCUAUUUAGAUAUAAUCUAUGGGCCUUUAAUAGUAGAAAAUAGUUUGGAAAAUAUUGAUAAUAGUAGUGAUUCAAGUUCUACUAGUGAUAAUGAUGAUAUUCCAACUGCAGGAAAUCGACGACAUUGGCGACAUGUAUCUCAACAAUUUAAACAGCAGAUGAAAAAUACAUAUAGCAGAAGUCGAGGUCAGGGUCGAGUUAAUACUAAAAAUCUCAUCCAAAAAGUUCGAGCUGCUAUCUAUCUUUCUUUAGAUAAAUUAUGGGAAUCACCUAAUGAAAGUUCUUUAAUAGCAAUGAUAUUAGAUCCUAGAAUGAAAAAUUUUUCAUUUAUAAAUGGAUCAGAACAUGCAGAACAAAGAACACAGACUGAACAUCUUUUAAGAAAUUUAUAUACUCAACUUAAGCAAGGCUUAGUAAAUGAAAAUUUUGAAGAGCCAAUUUUGACAACAGACUUGGCCAACAAUGCUGAAGAUGUAUUUUCAAGAAUGUGA